UUGUAUGUGUCCGUAUGUGUUUUUUAUUGCGGAUGGCUUAAGCGGUCGCCAGAAACCGGCUCAGUGUUGUGGAAGGCGGCGAAGGAGAAAGAAAGAGAAGAAUCUUUCAGUUUGUUACGGUUUUGGGAAAGAAAGGUGUUGCAAGAUCGAAUGGCAAGAGAAUAAAGAACAGAAAAAAAAAAAAAAAAGAAGCAAGAGAGAAAGAGUGUGGAAAGAAAAAAAGGGAAAAAGACUAGAAGAAACAACUAGAAGAGCAACAGAGAAUUAAAUAUAUAAUAAAAAAAGGAAUAUAUAUAUAUAUACAUUAGCAACAACAAAUCUGAGAAAAUUUAAUAACAAUUGGAUUUUGGAUAUACAAGAUAUACAAGAAGGUGGAAACAUGUACGGGACACUGACGGCACAUUUGAAACGAAUUAAGGUCCCUUCGACUGGAGAUAAAGUUUUUAAAGACGAAUGUGCUUACUCAUUCGACACACCGGAGAGUGAAACUGGUUUGUACAUUUGUAUGAAUACAUUUCUGGGUCUAGGCAAGCUGUACGUAGAAGAACAUUUCAAAAAGACUGGCAAUGGUGUCUUCUUGCAUAUUAAACGGAGGAGAAAAACAAUUCAGAAAGCUUCAGAAGAUCCUCCUCCCUUGAAGAAACCCACUCGACUUGCUAUUGGUGUUGAAGGAGGUUUUGAUGCUAACCAGAAGUCUUUUGAGUUUGUUGAAGAUAUAUCUGUGCUUGCCCUGCCUGACUGGAAUGUUCUUCCAUAUCCAGACCCGCAAUUACCUGAAAUUGUGAACCUGUCGGCUAUUGCCAUCAUUGAGGCUGAAGACGCUCUGAAGAUGGAAGAAGCAGCAUUAGCAACAGGAUCUUGGGAAGGGGACAAGAGAAUCAUAAGCAAACAUGCUGAAAAUCUGCUCCAACUGGACAAUGGCAAGAAGAUCCCGCCAACUGGCUGGAAGUGUGAAAUGUGUGAACUGACCACUAACUUGUGGCUCAACCUCACAGACGGUGCCAUCCUAUGUGGGCGCCGUUUCUUUGAUGGCAGUGGCGGUAACAAUCAUGCUGUUGAUUAUUACAACAUAACCAAGUACCCUCUUGCUGUGAAGCUGGGUACUAUAACAGCUGACGGUGCCGAUGUUUACUCUUAUGAUGAAGACGACAUGGUAGAAGAUCCAUACCUUGCCAAACACCUGGCCCAUUUUGGCAUCAACAUUGCCUCUUUGCAAAAGACAGAAAAAACAAUGGUUGAGCUGGAGAUAGACUUGAAUCAGAAGAUCGGUGAAUGGGAUGUGAUUCAGGAGUCUGGCAGUCAGCUGACCCCCCUCUAUGGGCCAGGCUGCACGGGUAUGCGUAACCUUGGCAACAGUUGCUAUAUGAAUUCUGUGAUGCAGGUGAUUUUCACCAUCCCAGAUUUUCAGGAAAAGUACUUUGAUUGUAGAGAUGCCAUCUUUGCUGGUGCUCCAGUUAAUCCGACCUCUGACUUCAAUGUUCAAAUGGCCAAGUUAGCUCAUGGUCUUCUUUCUGGUGAAUAUUCUAAACCACCAAAUGAGACAGAGAUAGAUGAAGAAUAUAUGCCGCCACCUAAAGGAAUCCGACCACAGAUGUUCAAGACGCUGGUUGGCAGAGGUCAUCCAGAGUUUUCUUCCAAGCGCCAACAAGAUGCUGAAGAAUAUUUCCUCCACCUCAUCAAUUUCAUUGAGCGCCAAGGACCACAUUUACCAAAAGCUACCGACUGUUUCAAGUACAAGGUGGAAGAAAAAGUGAAGUGUGUGGCGUCGGGCAAAGUACGAUACACAUACAGAACUGACUACGUCUUUGCGGUCCCUGUGCACUUAGAUGCAGCUAUCAAUAAAGAUGAAUUUUCUGCAUAUGAAGCUAAAAAAGCACUCCUAGAAGCCCAAGGCCAGAAAACUUCCCCUGAAGCUCUAGUACGACCGCGGAUACCUCUGACGUCUUGCAUAGAAGCUUUCGCAGCUGUUGAAACUGUUGACGAUUUCUUUAGUGCGGCGCUUCAGUCAAAGUCCAUUGUCCACAAAACCACGCGAUUUGCCUCUUUCCCUAAUUAUCUAAUGGUACAUUUGAAUAAAUUCAUUAUUGGAAAUGAUUGGGUCCCUAAAAAACUAGAUGUGUCAAUGGACAUUCCUGAUGAAUUAGAUUUGACCGGUCUCCAAGGUACUGGCUUGUUGCCAGGGGAAGAAGAAUUGCCCACAGAAUCUACAGAACCUGAGAUUCGGAUUGAUGACAGUUUGGUCUCUCAGCUUUUAGACAUGGGUUUUCCACUCGAGGCCUGCCAGAAGGGUGUUUACUAUACUCAGAACAAUGGUUUGGAAGCUGCAACUAACUGGGUUAUGGAACAUAUGAGUGAUCCAGAUUUUGAUUCUCCACUUGAACUCCUUAGUAAUAAACAGAGUAAUUCUACAGACAGUUGUCCUGAUGAGAACUCUUUAGCCAUCAUAAUGUCAAUGGGUUUUAGCCGAAACCAGGCCAUUAAAGCCAUGAAAGCCACCGACAACAAUGUAGAAAGGGCUGUCGACUGGGUCCUCAGCCACACAGCUGAGUUGGAUGCUGAGAUGAACUCUGAACCUGAGCCUCUGUCAACAUCACAAUCAUGUGACGAGCGACAAGAAGGACACAUCUACAGUGAUGGAUCAGGAAAAUACAAACUAGUGGCCUUUAUCAGUCACAUGGGAACGUCAACACUGGUGGGACAUUAUGUGUGUCACAUCUUGAAGGAUGACCGUUGGGUGAUAUACAACGACGAGAAGGUUGCACUGUCUGAGCACCCACCCAAAGACCUUGGCUAUCUCUAUUUCUACAAAAGAAUGUGAUGAUGAUGAUGAUGAUAUGUUUUGUAAUUUUUUUUAGCUUUUACUUUAUAUUUUCUAUUUAUUUAUUAAUAUUAUUACCACCAUUUUACAACUAUUGCUACUACUACUAC